AUGACUAUCCGGGCCAUCGACGUGGCCGCGUGGGGAGCCCGACAUCAGGCCCUGGCGCAGGAGCGACUCGUCCUCUUCGAGCAGCUUGCCAACCGAUCGCUCGACCAAGCAGCCCGCAUUGACGACUUGACAGCCGAGGUCUCGGCGCUCCAGCACCAGCUUGCAACGUGUGCGCCUCGCUUUACACCGCUGCCUCUCGCCCCGCUCCCCCUAGCGCUUCACAACACGUCGCAACCGACAGAACCCAUGCCUCUGUGCCUCGACACGACGCAUCUGGUCGAAGACGCGAUUGCAUUAAGCCUUGUGCUGACCGGCAUUUGCUUCCUUGUGGCCGCCAUGCAGCGCCAUUGGCGUCCGCGCCCUGUUGCCGUCGCCCGCGAACGCUGCCACCGCGAACGCCAUCGUCACUGCGUCCAGCUACAUCUCAAGCACGCGGCGCUGCACAUUCGCAACCGCAGCCGCGUCGACCUCGAUCUGACCGGCUGCGUCGUGCAAACGCGCGACGACCUUGACGGCUACGUCCUCCGCUUUGCAUUUCCGUCGGGCUUCCUCCUCGCGGCUGCGACCUCGGUGGGGCUCUGCGAUGCGCACUUGCAGCGGCGGUGUAAAGGCGCGCCAUUGGACUCGCGCACGAGUCCGUGGCUGCAGUGGACGACGCGCGAUACGUGGCUGGCGGCGGCGCAGGCCAUUUCGCUCUGGGACGCGCAGGAACAUUGCGUGGCGGAGCUCGAGCUCUCACCACGAGUGCGAUCACGCGGAUGA